AUGGGCACUAUUCUCUUUUCAAUAGGAAUUGCUAUUAGCAGACCAAGAAGCAGCACCUGUGGGGCCACGAGAAAUGCCUACACGGGGCUGCGCCAGCUAAAACCGAAUGUUUCUGAUAGGAUGCUUUGCUUAACAGGAGACAGGCCCGGAGACUCUUUCCGCCUGGGUGCUGUAGUGAGCAAAAGCGUUCUUGGCCCGGAGAAAAAAGACCGAUUGGUGGAGCUAAGACAUACGAUAAUAAGCGCAAAGAACAUGGGAUUUGGCUAUAUUCCGCACGGAGAUGCCAGGUUUAACUGUAUGUACGACGGAAAAAAUGUAUCUCCUGCUACAAACAUAGAAAUGUCUCGCUUUUCGUGCACAAACUCUGAAGAGCAGUACAUGAACCUGCUGGGGGUCUUGAAUCCGAACAUAGGCGAGGCGUACCUUAGAAAAAUCUCCAGAAACCGCGACAACAGGUACGAAAUUCUGCACAUGGAGGCAAUGCAGUGCCUGGAAACCAAAAACUACUACUCCAACCUGAGGGAUAUGCUGGCCCAGAUCAUAGAAACCCGGAAUGUCUCUGUCGGCUUGCGAGAUGCGAGGGUCGGUGAAAUUCUCACUGCCCCCGUAUUCAUAUACAGCUCUGUGUGUGAAAAUCUCCUGAACAGGAUGAUUUCAACGUACACGAAGUACACGCAGGCGCACAACCUCUUGAAAUGCAUGCCCAAAGUAGAAAUAACGCACAGAAUAGCUGCAAGCCAUCUUCGGGCCGAGAUCUUCUCCAUGCUUGAGCAGUUUAGGCAUAUGGAUGAGAUUACAGAGAGCGUGAAAUGCGCACUUACUGCUAUGAACGAAAACUCUGGCGGCGGGGAGAUCAAGCUCAUAACGCAAAAAAACAGAAGCGAGAACAGCAUUGGUGCUUCCAUUCUGGACCUAAUCAGAAACCAAACAUUCAGGCAGUUUUACACGUGCGCAGACUCUAACUGCUUUUAUUACGAUCUGCUAGCUGACUACGACGAAUCCACCGUAGAACUCGGGCUGAAUAAGGCGUGGGACACUCCAAUGGAGACGAUAGAGUGGGACUUAGCCUAUGUGAAGGCGCUGUGCGAAAUGGUAAAGAAGCGCAUAUACCCAGAUGAGCUGGUUGUAGUCCUGCCAGAGAAAACAUUUACGCAGAUCGACAUAAAUGCGAGUCUGGAGCCGCUUAAGCCCCUGGAAAAAGUCUUGAUGCGCCACAUGACGAAAGCAAACAAAUGCUACGAGUCAUACGUGUAUUGGCUAGAGACCGUAUGCAAGGGCGGAGCAAGCGAAUGCCUCAAGGAAAAAACUGAGGCUGAAGAAAAGUCUUUGCUCUACGGGAAUAUAACACUGGCGGAGCACACCCGAAUCCACAGCAAGCAAAAACUAUGCGCGCAUCCAUCGUAUGCUUCUACUAGAAGCGCAGCGUCUACAUCCGGGGCAAGCUCCAGCGUAAGUCUGGGAGUCCAGGGAAGUGCUCUUUUUGCAAUACUGCUCAUAUGCUCUAAGCUGCUGCCGGUAUAA